AUGGUUCAUACCGAAUCGUCCACCGACCUACCUAUGGGAUUCAAAUUGAAUGGAUCCAACUAUGAGGAUGCUGUUAAUCAGAUGUUUUAUGAUGGCUCUAACAUAUCCCAGCUCUAUGAACUGCGAUGCCAAGCUGCUCGUCUUAAGCAAGAGGGUCAUCCUAUCUCUACCUAUUUUGCCGAACUUAAGGCAAUCUGGCUUGAAUUGGAUAAGGGACGUCUGUUUCAGAUACUUGGUCUGGGUCCACAGUUGAACGCAACAGUCAUGCGGCUGGAUCUAAGUCGAAAGGUUCCAAAUACGAGUUUCGGUAACUGGAGUGUAAUGCAUGUGUAG